AUGAACGCCUUCUACCUUACAGCCGUAAUGAUUGGAUCGUUUCUCACAGUGAUACCUGCUGGCGUACAGGCAGUCAACCAGGGAUGGCGAGUGUCAUAUCUGACUCUUGCCGCUUUCAACACCCUACUGUUCGUUCUAUUUCUAGUCUCUUACGAAGAAACCAAGUAUACGGCUUGUGUCGAGGGGCUGUCACGCCAAACCUCUACGAACAACGACGAUGUCGUACCACACCCAAAGCAGGAUCUUGAUAAAGUCGCCACCAAUGAGGCCGCCAUGGAACUGGCCACCGAAGUAACCACUUCAGAACCGCUACUCUUCACUGCUGGGGAGAAGUACGUCGACAGAACCAUCCCCAUGCGCUCCAAACGCCAGCGUCUUCAAUGGAUUACCCCCACCGACGAGUCCCUCUGGAGACUCUUCUACACACCGGCCCUCGUUCUCAUAAUGCUUCCGCACGUCAUCUUUACGGGCUUCCAGUGGGCACAAGGAGUCGUCUGGCUCACUCUUCUCGCCACCAUCAUCUCCAUCGUCUUCUCGGCCCCUCCUUACAAUAUGAAUGCUGCCGGGCUUGGCUACCUGGGCAUCGGCCCCAUGAUUGGCAACCUUAUCGGCUCCAUCUACAGCGGCGUGUUGGGCGAUCGUGCCGUCGUCUGGCUCGCAAAGCGCAACAAGGGCUAUUUCGAGCCCGAGUUCCGCUUGUACACGCUCAUUCCGUCCAUUAUCGCGCAGGCUGUUGGCCUUGUCCUCUUCGGUUACUUUAUACAACGGGGCGCCCACUGGGUCUACCCCUCUAUCGGCGGUCUUCUCUUUGGCUUCGGCCUCGGGUCUAUUAGCGACGCUUCGCUGACUAUGGUCAUCGACUGCUAUAUCGAGCUGACCGGCCCAUCCUUCGUCGCGAUAACCUUCAUUCGGAACGCCGUCAGCAUCGCACUACCGUUCAGCGUCACGCCGUGGAUGACUGCGAUGAAUCUACAAAACAUGUUCAUCCUUAGUGGGGUUAUUUCAUUCGUCGUCAGUAGCACAGCAGGCUUGUUGGUUGUAUUUGGGGAGAGAAUCCGCAUGAGGCUUGCGCCGCGGUAUUAUACAUUGGUUGAGCGCCAAGCUCGACUGUAG